AUGAAAGAGAAACACUCCCCACAAGACUGGCCUCAUAUGGAGAAAACACACGUGAACAGAUUAUCAAAAUGCCUUGGAACUCCUGUUUCAAAGGAGCCCAACGAACAGGAGAUUGGAAGGAGGCAGUCGGCGAGAAGUUUGCCCACUCUUUUGGGUAGACUGGGCGAGAUUCGAACUUCAGCAAGGACAGUGGAAAUGCGACAUUUUGGUUUAGUUCAUCCAUCGGAGACUAUGGGAGGACAUCGCAUAGAAGAUGAUAUCAACGGACAAAGGAAAGUAGUAUAG